CCUCAAACUGUCCCUCGCCGAGUCUCGGCCAAACCCACCCUACCCCUUCCCAAACAACCACGACACCUAUCGACCCAACAUGGGCAUCAUUAAAAAGGUGACGCUCUGCACGUUCGGGCUUGGCACUGGUGCUCUGGGCUAUCUCGGCGCCUCAACGAGCAUCGUCAGCCCCAUCCCCGAGGACGACCCCCUGUGGCGCUCAAAAAGUUACGCCAAGUACAACUCGCACCGAAACCCGUCGACCCAGGAUGUCUGCCUUAAGAGAAUUCCUUUGACCAAAAUCAAACCGGAACUGCUCCAACAUGAUGGUGAUCUUGCGCUUGAAUUCUGCCGAGGAGUCUGGGGUGGCUUGGGUUACCGGUUCCAGCGGGCGUAUUUCGCUCGCAAGUACCACGGCCCCGCGACCGCUGCUCAGCUCUGGACGGUUGAUCAGCUGGCCCGGUCCGCGUAUGAGCCAGGCACGCAACUCACGGACCAUUUCGAGGUCGUUGAGAAGACUCCUUCUGAGGUAGUUGUCCGCUGCGGGGAUUCUCCCAGGAACCCGAGCCCCCGCGACUCGGAUGGCUUGUUCGUUAUCGGCGCGGCCGUCGACCGGGAGCGCGGCGAGGUCGUGCUCAAGCUCAAGAGUUGCUUCUUCAGGAGCAGCAGCAAGGUCGAGGGCAUUCAGGGGCCCAUGCCGGGCUGGAUGGAGAUGCUGCACAGAUGGUAUUCGCGGAUUUGGAUGGAGACGGGCUCGUGGAAAGUGACACGCUAGUGUAUACGUACGACACAGCCUGUGCCAGCGAUUUCCUUUCCCCCUGGCGGCCCUGUGUGCCUCAGCCAUUCAUGGCCUCACACGAACGCGAAUGCAUUGGUGCGAGAGAGACACGUGCCGUUCCACAGCUCAGUUCACCCCGAACCUACCCAAGUUCUCAUUCGUUGUGUCAUGAAGGUUCGGGAAUUCAUGCGGGGGAAUGCGGGGACACACCCCCCAAGACAGGGCCACAAA